CGCUUCACGCGCGCCUCCAGUCGCCGCCGAAGGAGCGAUGGCUGGGACCGUGGAUCAGAUCGCGCCGGUGGCGGAGGAUCAGGAAAGGGUCAUCUCCAGGUCAGACAGUGGCAGCGGUGAGGAUUCCUUGGAUGGUUUGUUUUCCCGACUACCGUUAACUCCAUCUCUUUCUCCACGGAAGCGAACAACUAGUCAAAGCAAGUCUGAACCCCCACUUCUGAGAACUAGCAAGCGAACCAUCUACACUGCAGGACGACCUCCCUGGUACACGGAAUCAGGAACUCCGUUUAAAGAAGCCUUUGUCAUUGGUUUGUGUGGAGGAAGUUCUUCUGGCAAAACUACUGUGGCUAACAAGAUCAUUGAGGCUUUGGAUGUUCCUUGGGUGGUUCUACUUUCUAUGGAUUCCUUUUAUAAGGUCUUAAACAAGGAGGAACAAGAACUAGCUGCCAAAAAUGAAUACAAUUUUGACCAUCCUGAUGCCUUUGAUUUUGACCUAAUCAUACAUACAUUGAGGAAGCUGAAGAAAGGGAAAAGUGUGAAGGUUCCAGUUUAUGAUUUCACCACACACAGUCGACGGAAGGAUUGGAAAACUGUGUAUGGAGCAAAUGUUGUCAUCUUUGAAGGAAUACUUGCAUUUGCCAGCAAGGAGCUUCUAAAGCUUCUAGAUAUGAAAGUUUUUGUGGACACUGACUCUGAUAUCAGACUUGUUCGACGUUUAAAAAGAGAUAUAUCUGAGAGAGGUCGUGACAUUGUUGGUGUCAUCAAGCAGUACAACAAGUUUGUAAAGCCUGCGUUUGAGCAGUACAUAGAGCCAACAGUCCAGCUUUCAGAUAUUGUGGUUCCUCGAGGUGGAGAGAACUUUGUUGCUCUUGAUCUGAUUGUCCAACAUGUUCAUAGUCAACUGGAAAAGAGGAAACUUCGCUGGGAUAUAGCAGCCCUUGCAUCUGCCCACCAAGGUCAACCACUGCCAGAUAAGUUAAGCGUCCUUGAAAGCACUCCACAAGUUAGAGGAAUGCAUACUAUUAUCAGAAAUAAAGACACAAGUCGAGAUGAGUUCAUCUUCUAUUCAAAAAGGUUAAUGAGGUUACUGAUUGAGCAUGCCCUUUCCUUUCUGCCGCUCAAGCCUGUUACAGUGGAAACGCCUCAAGGAGAACUGUACGAAGGAAAACGAUUUGAUGGGAAAAGGAUAACGGGAGUUUCCAUUCUCCGUGCUGGUGAAACAAUGGAGCAGGCACUAACAGCAGUGUGCAAGGAUAUCAGAUUAGGAAAGAUUCUUAUUCAGACAAAUCAUGACACAGGAGAGCCUGAGCUACAUUAUCUUCGAUUACCUAAGGAUAUCAGUGAAGAUUAUGUCAUUUUGAUGGACAGUACAGUGUCAACAGGUGCUGCUGCUAUGAUGGCAGUUCGAGUCCUUUUGGAUCAUGAUGUGCAGGAAGAUAAAAUUUUUCUACUCUCAUUAUUGAUGGCUGAAAUGGGAGUGCAUUCAGUGGCUUAUGCCUUUCCCAAGGUUAACAUCAUAACCACGGCAGUAGACAAGAAAGUAAAUGAUGAAUUUCACAUUAUUCCUGGAAUAGGUAACUUUGGAGAUCGAUACUUUGGCACUGAUGCACCAUCUGAUUGGUAUGAGAGUGAUGAGGGCAUGGAUUACUGAUUUAUCAUCUGGGAUCCCAAAGGACUGGGAAGGCAGUGUGGCUGUGAAAAAUUUGCAACUGCGGAGAGAAAAAAAGAAGAAAGAACAUCUUAGUUAUAUACCAGAACAAGUUGAACAAUUCAGAUUGUCCUUUCAAUUUAGAUAUUUUGGUUCAUCAUUAAUUGAUCCUACUGUAAACCAGAAACUACUGUGUAUUUUAAGGUUAAGGCUUUGGAAUCCAGAAUUUGUAUUUGUCAAGUAAAUUUUGUCAGAUUCUACAUAAUCUAAUGAUCCUGACUGCUUAUCAGUGAUGUGUGGGGUAUUAGUAGAUGGCCUCAAUUUGAAAAUGUAAGCUUGAACCUUUUUGAAAGCAGGCCUGAAUAUAUCAAAGAGUAAACUAAAUAUUCAGGGAGCUAUAAUCUGUAAUUUCCCAGCUAUUAUUAUCAUUGUAUUUAUUCAACCAAUAAAUUUCUUUUUGGAUAAAUUUUUUACUUAAAAAUUUUACUUGGGAUCAAAUUCAACAAAUGAUGUGGCAUAUUCUCCAGAUUAAAUGAAGAUACUAAUGUAUCUUAUGUGACCUUGCUUAAAAAACAAAAAUAAUUCACUACUGUUUUUAAGAUGCUGCAUGAAAUUGGAAAUUUUUGUUAAUUACAUAAAUCAUUAUCAGUACUCUAUUAGAACACUGAAGUGCACAGUUACUGCUUAUUUUAAUGAUGUUUCAGAUCUCAGAUGUUAAAUGCUAUGCCAUUAUGAAGAGGGACAGGAGUUGGCUAGAAAAAAUGUACAAAACUUUCACCAGUUUCCAGUUAGAGACUAGAUAGGGUAAACAGAAUAAGUUUAUUUUGAUUUGAUUAUACUAAGAUACAAAUAAGUUCAUUUUAAUAGACGGAUAUAAGGUUGUUUGCAAGUAAUACAGAUCAUAUAGGAUACUUCAGUAGUUCAAAGCCCUAGAAUUAUGCCUGUUCUGGUAUUAUAAGAAAAGGUGUCAAAAAAAUCUGCAGAUCCUGAAAAUAUUAAGUAAAAGUACUGGACGUUCUCAACAGGUAAGCCAACAUCUGUGAAAAGAGAGCCAGUUAAUUUCAGCUCAGUGUUCUUUAGUGUCCUCAAGACAGGCCAAUAAAAUAUUCCUGUUAUUUUGUUUUGUAUCCAUUGGAUACUUAAUAAUGUUGAACUUGUAAUCUGUCUUAACUAGUUCAGUUUGUUCAAAUAAAUUCAAUGGUAUUCCUCAGAAAAUAGGUGUGAAUCUGUUGGGACUGAACUUUACUUGAAAACAAUGGACCCAAAAUAUUGUGCACUAUGAAUUUUUGCUUAACUGGAUGUUGAUAUGUACUAAUAAGAUUUAUUAAUAUAAAUGUAAUCAAUUUUGUCCAUAGGUUAUUUGAAAUUAAUUGUUUAGCAGUUUGGAGUUGAUGUUUUUGAAGUCCAAGAAUGCUGCUGUUAAUAUAUCUAUACAGUAUACCUUCAGCUGAAAGGCAACAGUAGCUAGUCUUGGACUAUGGUUAGGAGAGGAUGUGCGGUAGAGGAAGGAGAUCGUAUGAUAAAAUUAUUAAUGUGCAGAACUCCUAGAUUGUUUAUGAUGUCUUAAGAUACCUUAAAUAUGAAAAUGUUCAGAUGUCAAAAGUUUUGUGUGCAUGAUAUGCAUAAAUAUGUGGCUGUAUUAUAACUGUACACUUUUUCUGUAUCAUGAAGUUCAUAGUACAUGUGCAAUGCAUUAAAUGAAUGAUAGAUAUCAUUCAUUCUCAUUCCAGUAAGGUGACUUGCACAACACAGAUGGAUGAGCAUACAGAAUAAGAUCUAGAUGGAAAUCUGAAUGAAACGUUUUAUGAUGCUUAAUUGUACCAGAACCUGUAACAUAAUGUACUUGGUUGAAAAUUUUAUACUGGUUUAUUGAUGUAUAGCAAAUAUUACAAGGAUUUGAUCUUUGACAUUUAUUAAAUAAUUUUGAAGUAGUAAA